UGCCACCUGCAAGCAGAGCAAAGCCUGCACGGAGCCUGCAGGUCCCUGCUUGGGUUGUGCAAUGGGGGAGGGAGCAGAGUUCAGGUGGCAGCAGCCAUCCAUCAGCCUCUGGGUUUUCACCCCCUGCUGAGCUGCAAGGGAGGGGUCAGCAAGGCACAGGUGGGGCCCCUUGCCCCUGGCUGCCUUCUCUGGGCGAGAGGCCAUGGCCGCUGAUGGAGGUGGCAGCUUCUAGGCACGGAGCAACCCAUCCUGCGUGUGUGCUCGGCGAGGCUGGCAUCGUCACCGUGGCUGCAUCCCCGAGCCAGCGGCGCAGGGCAGCGUGCCAGCAGAUCAGCUCAAGCCUGGAAACGAUGAGGACAGUGACAGCUGAGAGCCAGCCAGGGCCAGGACCUGGAGGAGCUGCCAAGGCGAGGUGCCACGUCUGAGGCCGGCGUGCUCAGCCGUGCCGUGCCGUGCCGUGCCGUGGCCGUGCCGUGCCGUGCCGUGCCGGAGCCCCGCGUCGCCGCGGGCGGCAGCAGAUGCUCUGUGCCCGGUGCGUGGAGCCCUCGCCGCGGCCGGACCAGGCGGAUGGAAAGCUGCAGCCCGGCAGCAUCGCCUACCUGGACCCCGGCGGGCUGGGUGGCAUCCACCGGGUGAAGCUGGUGCCCGGCUACGCCGGCAUGCAGCGGCUCAGCAAAGGGGGUCCCUACCCCCGGGGCUGCUCCUGCCGCCGCUGCUCGGCCGAGGAGGCGGCGGCCGCCGCCUGGUUUGACGGGCGGUACGACGGCACCAUCUCCCCGGUGUGGACCAAGGACAACAUGGACCUGCCACCCGACGUGCAGAGGUGGUGGAUGAUGCUGCAGCCCCAGUUCAAGUCCCACAACACCCACGAGGUCCUCAGCAAGCUCUUCCAGAUCGUGCCGGGCGAGGACCCCUACCGCUCCCGCCAGCCGCGCCGCUGCCGCCGCUGCGCCGUGGUUGGCAACUCGGGCAACCUGCGCGGCUCCGGUUACGGCCCCGAGAUCGACGGGCACGACUUCGUCAUGCGGAUGAACCAGGCCCCCACGGUGGGUUUCGAGGGCGACGUGGGCGGUCGGACCACACACCACUUCAUGUACCCCGAGAGUGCCAAGAACCUGCCUGCCAACGUCAGCUUCGUGCUGGUGCCCUUCAAGACCCUGGACCUGCUCUGGAUCGCCAGCGCCCUCUCCACCGGCCAGAUCAGGUUCACAUAUGCUCCUGUGAAGCCCUUUCUGCGGGUGGACAAAGAAAAGGUGCAGAUCUACAACCCUGCCUUCUUCAAGUACAUCCACGACCGCUGGACGGAGCACCACGGGCGCUACCCCUCCACCGGCAUGCUGGUGCUCUUCUUCGCCCUCCACGUCUGCGAGGAGGUGAACGUCUUCGGGUUCGGCGCCGACAGCCGAGGGAACUGGCACCACUACUGGGAGAACAACCGCUACGCCGGCGAGUUCCGCAAGACCGGCGUGCACGACGCCGACUUCGAGGCGCACAUCAUCGACAUGCUGGCCAAAAGCAGCAAGAUCCAGGUCUACAGGGGGAACUGACGAAGGCUGCUCCUCCUCCUCCUCAGCAGUCAGCCACCCACCCACCCGCUGAGGGGCAAGAGGGUGAAGGGUCUCUCUGGCAGCCUGAAGCGGUGAGCACUGAGCUGCUCCGCUCCGCUCUGGUCCCUCUCUCUUCCCCCCUCCAACCCCGGUGAGAUUUGGUGCCUCCUCCAGCAGCCAAUCAGGUUGAGAGCUAAAGGAGACUUUUGGGGCUUCUUUCUUUUGGUUUUUUUAAUUUUAAUUAUUAUUAUUAUUAUUAAUUAUAAUGAAGAAACCCAAGUGAGAAAAGGUCUUUGUAGGACACAAUCAGCGAGUGCCCAGGGGUGGCUGCUAAGCCUCUUUUCACACUCAAACCAAAUGCUGCUCUUUUUAACCAAGACAAAUCUCUCCCCCACCCUCCCACCACCACCAUCACCACUCCUCUGCCUUGAAGAUGAGGUGAGGGUGACUUUGGGGAGCUCUGGAGCAUCAUCACCUCACCCCCCGCCCCAAGAAGGUUCUGCUGGUCAAGGAGGGGGUGGAUAUGGUGGCCAAAGGAGAUGUGGUGUGGCCCAGCAGCCUCAGAGGUGGAGCUGACUGCUUCCUGCUUUAGUUUGGGGAGUGUUCAUUUGCCUACCUGGGGCCCCAGCUGCUGGCACACAAGAAAGCCCCAGCGUGGCUGGAAGAGGAUGGACCCACCACCGGGAGCCAAGCAUCACUGAUGUGCUGCCCACCACCAGGAGCCAGCCAUCACUGGUGUGCUGCUCACCAUCAUCAAUGUUCUGCCCACCAUGAGGAGCCAAGCAUCACUGAUGUGCUGCCCACCACCACCAGGAGCAAAGCAUCACUGAUGUGCUGCCCACCACCAGGAGCCAGCCAUUGCCAAUGUGCUGCCCACCACCAGGAGCAAAGCAUCACUGAUGUGCUGCCCACCACCAGGAGCAAAGCAUCACUGGUGUGCUGCCUACCACCAGGAGCAAAGCAUCACUGGUGUGCUGCCCACCACCAGGAGCCAGCCAUUGCCAAUGUGCUGCCCACCACCAGGAGCAAAGCAUCACUGAUGUGCUGCCCACCACCAGGAGCCAGCCAUUGCCAAUGUGCUGCCCGCCACGAGGAGCCAACCAUCACUGAUGUGCUGCCCAUCAUCAGGAGCAAAGCAUCACUGGUGUGCUGCCCACCACCAGGAGCCAACCAUCACUGGUGUGCUGCCCACUGUGGGGAGUCAGCCAUUGCCAAUGUGCUGCCCGCCACGAGGAGCCAACCAUCACUGGUGUGCUGCCCACCAUCAGGAGCAAAGCAUCACUGGUGUGCUGCCCACCACCAGGAGCCAACCAUCACUGGUGUGCUGCCCACUGUGGAGAGCCAGCCAUUGCCAAUGUGCUGCCCACCACCAGGAGCAAAGCAUCACUGGUGUGCUGCCCACCACCAGGUGUCAACCACUGCUGAUGUGCUGCACACCAUGGGGAGCCAACCAU